GUGUCUGUGGCGCCGCAGCACUGAAAGAGAGCCGCGCUGCACACACUGACAAGCCUUGGACUGGGCGAGGCGGCGGAUCCCAGUGUGUGGCCCUCAUCUAUCAUCGCUAUGGGAAUUACCACAGCGUUCUUUCUGAACCAAGCUCUGAUCCCCUACUAUCUGAAACCGGUCCACCUGGAGACACGGACUAUAAAACACUGCAGUUGAGACUAUCGCUGCACCAGAGCCCGGCACAGCUUCAUCUCCUCCAGUAAACUGAGGAGGAUGACGACGAUGAUGAUGAUGAUGAGAGACAUCUAGAGAUGAGAAGUGUUUGCUCGACCCUCAUACGUAUUUUGAAAACCAGUACGAUGUAUGCUACGUGUGUGUCCGCAGUGCUCUUAUGUAUAGUGGUGAUUGACAUCUCAGCUCGGGUUUUGACUACAACCAGCCCAGCUGAUCCAUCCGUCCUCUCUCCCCGCCAAUAUCAGCACACCGACCCAGACUCAGGCACCCAGCUGGUCUGUGACAAGUGCCCGGCAGGCACCCAUGUGUCUGUCCACUGCUCCCCAACAGCCGUGAGGGAAUGCAGCCACUGCCCUGAAGGCACAUUCACACGGGGCGAGAAUGGGGUGCAGAAAUGCCAUCCCUGUCGGGCUCCGUGUCCUGCAGGCUUCAUUGAGAAAGCGACCUGCACGCCCAUCCAGGACAGAGUCUGCACAUGUCCCCCCAACAGCUUUUUGUUCGGGGAUGGUGGCACAGAGUGUAGGCCCCACUCGUUGUGCCCACCAGGGACCAGGGUGAAAAGGCGGGGCAGCGAAACAGAGGACGUGCUCUGUAGGCCUUGCACCAAGGGGACUUUCUCCGCUGUGGAGUCCAGUGUGGUGAAGUGCCGAACCCACACGGACUGCCAAGCUCAGGGGCUGGUGCUGCUCACACCAGGGACUAAAGAGACCGAUAAUGUCUGUGGACCCCCUUCUACAGCCCCCAUUUCCUUUUCAUCUUCACCUGUCUCCACACCCACCCUACUGGGUCCUGCACUGGCUGUGCUUGUACAGGAACCCAUGACUUCUUCAUCCACUCCAUCAUCAUCACUGACUGGACCUGGACUUAAAGGCACCUACAGCCACUCAGCAGCCAUUCAACUGAGGGGAAACCCAAGUGGGGAAGACCACCGUGCAGAGGGGCUAUUCCUUAGCCGGUCUGGCACUCCCACCCAACAAAAUCGUGAUCCCCCACAGACUCCACCGCUCCCAGCUGACAAGCAGCUCAUGGACCUCGAGCACCAGCAGGGGCAACCCAAUUCUGACCCUGUGCCAGGCCCCAACAAGAGGACGGUGGAGGGUCUGGAGGGUGAAGAGGUAGUCAGGGUUGGGACGGGUAUCAGCAAGGUAGCUGGGCAGGGGAGCGGAGGAGGUGGAAGUGGGGUCUCCAGCUACUACAGGCCCACUCGUAGGGGGUCCCCAAGGCCGAGCACUCACGAUCACUUUGACAUCAACGAGCACCUCCCCUGGAUGAUAGUGCUGCUGCUCCUGCUGGUCCUGGUGGUGAUCGUGAUCUGCAGUGUGAAGCGGAGUUCUCGCGUGCUGAAGAAGGGUCCCAUGGACCCUAGCAGCAUCAUGGAGAAGGCAAUUCAGAAGAAACCAUCCGUGCCUCCAAUGCAGGUCAAAGAGAAGUGGAUCUACUACUCCAACGGACAGGGAGUGGAUAUCCUGAAGCUGGUGGCGGCCCAUGUGGGCAACCAGUGGAUAGACAUCUAUCAGUCGCUGGCCAACGCCACGGAGAGGGAGGUGGCUGCCUUCUCUAAUGGCUACUCGUCAGAACACGAGCGAGCGUACGCCGCGCUGCAGCACUGGACCAUCCGGGACAGUGACGCCAACCUGGCCAAGUUGAUCAACGCCCUGCACCGACAGCGCCGCAUCGACGUGGUGGAGAAGAUCCGCUGUGUCAUGGAGGACAACCCACAGUUUGACAUCAACCAGCUGAUGACCUCAGUGAAUGUAAGCCAAAGCCUCAGCCCCGUCCACAAGCCGCUGGAGUCUCCGAGCAGCAUCGGCAGCAAUAGCGGUGGUAGCAUGGGUGGUGGUAGCAUGGGCGGGGCCAGCGGCAUGGCCGUGGAGCAGUCGCCAGUGGACCGUAGCAAAGGCUUCUUCCCCGACGAAUCAGAGCCCCUGCUUCGCUGCGACUCCACCUCCAGCAAAGACUCCGCCCUCAGCAGGAACGGCUCCUUCAUUACCAAAGAGAAGAAAGACACUGUUCUCCGGCAGGUGCGUCUGGACCCGUGCGACCUGCAGCCCAUCUUCGACGACAUGCUGCACAUCCUGAACCCAGAGGAGCUGCACGUCAUCGAGGAGAUCCCGGCCGCCGAGGACAAGCUGGACCAGCUGUUUGAGAUCGCGGGGGUCAAGAGUCAGGAGGCCAGCCAGACGCUGCUGGACUCGGUCUACAGCCACCUCCCGGACCUGUUAUAGUGGAGGAAGGAAGGAAGGAAGGAAGAAACAACACGGAUGAGAAUUGGCACAGAAAAAGAAAGGAAUGCCUUAGUAGGAAGGAUGACUCAGAUCUGAUGUUGUUCGGAAUAAGCUUGGCUUGAUAUUUGAUCUGCUAAGUGUCGGACUCGUCAUGUCACAUUGUCACAGGAUUUGAGCUAGGUGUCGUAGAUCAUCUGCUCCCUCUCUCUUUCAAUCUAUCUUUACUGGUACUUUACUCCUCCUAACCCUCCAGUCUUCUUCAAUUGUCUCGUGUGUAUACUCCUUCCACCCUCUACCAUGAUACAGGGUCAAUGCUCAUUGUAAUUAAAGCAUUCUAAGUGUCACACCAAGGAGUACUUUGGUUAAGGUGGUAUUAUGAUAGCAUCAUGACCUUAACAAAAAAGCCUCCAAAUUUAGAAAAAGCUGAUUUGAAGAGAAGCUGACUAAAUGGAAAAACAAAAACGCACUUUCUUUAUCUUAACUGGCCAAUGCCUUCACUUUUAAAGGGUCAUUCCAGUUUUUUCGUGGGUUGCGCCAGUCAUCCUGGCUUCCCUUGCCUUUAACAUGAUUUAAGUGUUUAAAAAAAAAAAUCUAAUUUAACGUGGUGGUUAUUGCUAAAUGAUUGCAAGAAAGGAAACUGCACACAUAAAAUAGUAAAUAAGCUAUCGCUCUAAAUAACACUGAUAUUAUCCGUAGGGGUUUAAGAUUCUUGUAGACCACAUUCACAGAUGUUUGCCGAGGUAUGACUUGACGCUUAAGUCAUGUGCCUGAGCUGGUCCCUUUUCUCAGCCCCUAAUUUUUUCUUUCCACCCCCUCCAGUUGCCUGUGCUUGGAGCAGAUCGUCCAUGGGUCUCUUUGUAAGCACUCUGCAAGACCAGCAGGGGGCAGUGUUAGAUUAGAAGGCUGACCUGCUGCUCUGGAACGAAAGCCAUAUAUCAAAAAAUACUGGAUAAUCAAAAUAAUCCAAUAUUACAAUAGUGGACUAAAAUUUACCUAAUCUAAUAUUAUGAUAUAUGGCUUUGUCUUUGAACUGUUUGCUUUUGGACAAAGGCUCCAAAAAUGAACUAUGAACUGUACAGGAAGAGUGCAGUGUUUACCGCCCCUGCCUGCUUCUCUGAAACCAAAGCCAUAUAUCUAAAACAGUUUAGAUACGUCGCUUUGGAAGCUCUGUCACUGUUGGACUCAUGGACAGUAUAUAGAAUAAAUAAUUCUACCAGUACGCACAUUCAGAUCUCUGCUAGCUAGCCCUGUUUGCCUCAACAAAUGUAGCUUUGAUGAAGUGUUCUUGAUACAUUUUGGAGCUUCAUGUUUGGGUGUCUUGAGUGUUUCAGUGCUAUAGUAAGACUAAUAGAAUACAAGUGAUUUUUGUCAUGCAGUGGUAUGUUGCUACAUGCUCUAUGUAGUUGGUAUUGAAAUGUAAUAAUGAUGCACUAAUUCUAUUUUCUGUUGGAGAGGCAGACAUGUAUUUUCUGGGUCCUUUUAUUUUCUUUUAUUCUGAAAUGCUGUUAACUAACAAUUGGUUUUGUUGUAAUGUUUUCUACAUUUAGUUUGAUUCAUUAUGUUCUUGUAGCAUCUCUUUGUUAUCCUUAUUUUUUUUUACUUCUUUGUAUCUGAUGCUUUCAUGGGCAUUCAGGUGUAUUUCCCCACGCUUGGCGUGACAAGAUGACCUGGCUGGGAUGUAAGAUGCAUACUCCAUACUCUACUUGAAGUCUGUCUACUUGUGUUACUUGAUUUAAAUGAGGAAAAAAUAAUGUACUCCUUAAGUUCCUUCCAAGUUCCACGUUCCUAAAAUAAUAACGAAACUUAAAAAGCACCACCAAAAACUCAUCAACAUUUGGAGACGAUUUUGCGGGCACCAUGAGAGCAGCAAAUGAUGGACUCUGUUUUCACCAAGCCAGUUACUAUCAAAGCUCCUGUGGUGCUAGAUUUGAACUCACCGGUUGGCCUGACACAGGGGGUCUUUACCCCGGACUAAUGACUUUUUUUUUCAUUUUGUUUUUUCAAGUAUUCCAGACUGAGUGAAGAAGAUUGAAGGUUGUGCUGCUGUGGAAAUUCGGGAUGUUGACAAUGAUGCAUUUGAGAAUGUGUGAGCUUGCUCUCCACGAUGCUGUGGAGGCUCAAAACUGUAGGGUGUGUGCUUUAUUUUCUAAGGAAGUCUGACAGGGUGAAGGUGAGAUGUGAAACGCACAUGUGGCUCGAGUGGAUGAUUUCAUCAAACUUCACGUGUGUAACCAGUAUGUUUACUACUAUGUAACCUCUUAAAAUCAACCAAUUAAAGCUCAAAGCAUUUGUCAUAA